GGGGGGGACGGGGUGUCCUGCGGAUGUCGGUUGCUCAUGCACGGUGCGGAGUAGCAAAAAACCGGCGUGCUCCAAAAGUCCAACUCGAAGAAAAAGGGGUGGAAAAAGCGAUAUGUGGUUGUUGUCGGGCACGAGGUAACAUGGUACAAAAAGGUGACUGCCAAGAGGCCCGAGGGGGUCUUGCUCCUCACCGAUUACACGCCCGUGGCUGAGAAUGAUCUCGGCUCCAAAAAAGGACGCAGGCUGCGGGCUUGCGCUCGUCUACAACGGCCACUCAUCUACGGGCGAGUCGCACUGGUUUCUGGCUUCGAAUCCAGCCGAGCGUGACGACUGGCUCAAGGUCCUCUCCGACGCCGCUGUGGCCUCGGACGCUGACACCACCCUGCUGUCGACGCCGGUCCUCCCCCAUCGGACCGACCUCCACUCGCCGGCAUCGGCCGCCUCGUUCUCGUCGAUUGCCUCGUCGUGCGACGACGACAGUGCCGUGGGCACCACUACAGGCGCGUACGUAGGCCUUCCAACAGGCCUCCCACCGCAGAUCUCGGGCGCGGCCGCCUCGGAUACGGCCGGCGAGUCUGCGAGCUCAGCCGCCGCAGCAGCACCUCCCGCCGCUAAUGACAGCGGCAACGGCUUUGGUGACGGCUUUGGUGACGGCUUUGGCGAUGGCCUGGCUGACAUCAUUGCAGCAUCCAACGCGGCUGUGCCUGUCACACCCACCCCGCCGGCGAUCACCACCAGUGAGCCGCCGGCCGAGACUGCACCGCUGGUCGAGGCCGCGCCGCCAGCCGAGACUGCACCGCCGGUCGAGGCUGCGCCGCCAGCCGAGACUGCACCGCCGGCCGAAACCGCACCGCCAGCCAAGACUACGCCGGCUACUCCGGCACCGCCGCCGCCAGACGCAGACCGUUACACGCUCUCGCCGCCAUCAUCGCCGACGAGGACCCGAAUGACGCGGUCUCUGUCGACGGCCGAGCUGGUGGCCGGCGGCGCAGCGGUGGUGGCCGGCGGCGCAGCGGUGGCGACUACCGAUGCUGACGACACGCUGGUUGACGAACUGGCCGCGCAGCUUGCGCCGCUGCUCGCCACCUUUAACGCUGAACUCGGCCGGUUGCUAGCAGUCGUCGCCGGCCGUGAUUGCAACGCACUUGUCGCCUCGCUCGCAGCGCUGGUCCGGACGAUGAAGGCCAUCAAAUCAGUGGUGCCGCCCGAGAUCUUAGCCACCGCCACCACUCCCGAGAAUCGCGGCGAGGUGCCAGCCGCGGGAUCCCGCACAAGCGGCGGCGGUGCGUCGGCAGCAGCAGCCUCGCUUCUCCAUCUCGCGUCCGAGCUCAUCAAGAGAGCCAAAACCAUGCUCGCCUCCCAGCUCGUUGCCGACUCGCACUGGCUUGAGUUUGCCAACACGCUCAUUGCUUUUGCCAUCCAAGUCCACAUCAUUGUCCGCGCCGCAGUUCCGCGCGGUGAGCCCAAGGACUUGUAGCAGCGGCGUAAAAGAAUGAGG